AUGGCCGAGAGGGAAUCUCGUAAGAAACACAAUCAGAUGCUGAAGGACCUGCAAGCUCAGAUCUUAGAAAGCGACACUAAAGCGUAUCGAGAAAACGAAGCGUUGCGGGCUCAACAACGACGCGAAUUUAAUGUUGAGCACAGAAAGCUUUUGGAGAGGCAGAUGAGGGAUAA